CAACUUUAUCUUCGCGGCCGAAACGCAUUUUAUUGUCAAAUUCUCACAUCCUGGAUACUGUAAUUCGUUGUUCGUAUUCAAAUAGCGGAACAAUAUCACUUUGUGAUGAAAAAUGUGACGUUUGAGGAGCUACCCGGAGAGCGCGCCUGUCCCCCCCGAAAGGAUUUACUAUAUCGAAUCGCAUCUUUUCAUCCUGGGAAAAAGUUUUUGAUCAUUUUGUUUCCUUUGGUUUUUCUUCUUUGAUUCGGCGGAGCAAGCCGUUCGUCCCCCCGUCACGAUUUCCCAUGCAAUCGUGCGGCGUGUCUGUCGCCGUCGCUGCCUGCGCUGCUGCUCGGAGUCUCGGCUCGGCUUCUUCUGGUGGUGAUGAGGGAAAGAAAAUGGCGGCGGGAAAAGCGAGUGAAACAGAGGAGGACUUUCCGACACUGACAGCCCCGGAGAGGGACAGUUUGGCCGCGAUCGACAGCUCACUGUUUGGAUUUCAGAAGCUUCAUGAAGAUGGCGCCAGAACGAAGGCCCUGUUGAUUAAGGCCGUUCGCUGCUUUGAUUCGCUCAUCCUUAAGGCCGAGGGCAAAGUGGAGCCGGAGUUAUUCUGCCAGCUCGGCCACUUCAACCUCCUCCUGGAGGAUUACCCGAAAGCAUUGUCGGCAUACCAGAGGUACUACAGUUUACAGUCAGACUACUGGAAGAAUGCUGCCUUUCUGUAUGGCCUGGGGAUGGUCUACUUCCACUAUAAUGCCUUUCAGUGGGCGAUCAAAGCAUUCCAGGAGGUGCUGUACAUUGACCCAGGUUUCUCCCGGGCCAAGGAGAUCCACCUACGCCUGGGUCUCAUGUUCAAGGUCAACACAGACUACGAGUCAAGCCUAAAGCAUUUUCAGCUGGCUUUGAUUGACUCCAACCCCUGCACUUUGUCCAAAGCUGAAAUUCAGUUCCACAUCGCUCAUUUGUAUGAGAUUCAGAAGAGAUACCGGGCUGCCAAGGAGGCUUACGAGAGCCUUCUGCAGACGGAGGAACUUCCUGCACAGGUGAAGGCCACGACCCUGCAGCAGCUAGGCUGGAUGCAUCACACGGUGGAGCAGCUCGGGGACAAAGCCGGCAGGGACAGCUAUGCCAUCCAGUGUCUGCAGAAAUCUCUGGAGGCCGACCCCAACUCCGGACAGACCUGGUACUUCCUUGGCAGGUGCUACUCGAGUAUUGGGAAGGUCCAGGACGCUUUCAUCUCCUAUCGGCAAUCCAUAGACAAAUCAGAGGCCAGUGCAGAUACCUGGUGCUCUAUAGGGGUGUUGUACCAGCAGCAGAACCAGCCCAUGGACGCCCUGCAGGCCUACAUCUGCGCCGUGCAGCUGGACCACAGCCACGCCGCCGCUUGGAUGGACCUGGGCACGCUGUACGAGUCCUGCAACCAGCCGCACGACGCCAUCAAGUGCUACAUCAACGCCACGCGCAGCAAGGGCUGCACCAACACCACCGCGCUGACCCACCGCAUCAAAUGCCUGCAGGCUCAGUUGAGUAACCCCCAGCUCAGUAGCCCCCAGGGUAAAAGUAAAAUGCUCCCUCUUAUUGAGGAGGCAUGGAGUCUGCCAAUCCCAGCUGAGCUAACCUCCAGGCAGGGAGGCCUGAGCAGUCCACCACAGCAGGCUUGUAAGCCCAAUCACAAUGCAGAGGGCGAGGGUCAGUCUCUGCCCCCUCACGCGGGCCCGCUGGGCCAGGCUGAGGACCCGACCUGCCCCGCCAAGAGGAGGAGAGCCUCCAGCCCCUCCAAGGCUGAUUCAUGGGUCAGUAACCCACCACAGCAGCCAGUUCCCAACUGGUACCUCUCCCCGCAGAAAUUACAGGCUCUGGAACAGUUGCGGAGUAACCGGGCCAGCCUGAAGCCCCCGCAGCUUCAGAUGCUGGGGCAACUGGAGGCUCAGUUCGCUAUGAUGCAGCAGCACCAGCACCAGAUGAGACAGAACGCCUCGGGAGCCCCGGCGCGCCCCUCGCUCCCCAACGGCCCCUCCACCAGCGCCGCCGCCAUCAACUGCCUCCCCUCCCCCAGCCUCCACCCCACCCGGCCCCACCCGGGGCCCCACCGGCCCCUCUGCCCGCCGCAGCCGCUGGCCAACGGGCCCGUGGGCUCCGGGCCACACGGACACUCGGACGCCCUGCCCGCGGGCAACAGUCGCAACAGCAGUAAUUAUCAGCCGGGGCCCGCGGCCACGGGACCCAACGGAGACGUGCCUUACCUGCAACCCGCCGGCGGCGGUGGCGACGCAGCACUGCUACCUCACACCUGCACAAGCGCACAAACACAGGAGGCCGCGCCGCGCCAGGCCCUGCACCUAAACUCCUCUCAGGGGCUUCAGAAGGGGUGUGUUCCACAUGCGGCGGGCUCCAGUAGUGAGGGGACCCUCUCUCACCCCCAGACCCCCAACUCCUCCGUCGCCCCCGUGCACCCCAACAAUCAGGUUGGACAUUCCACGAGUGUCCCGUCGCCGCGACAGCAGGCCCACAACCACCUCCCGUCCCCGCCCUCCCUCCCCCACCCCUCUACCUCAGGUGGAGCAGCACCCGGUGCGUCCGCUACCAAAGAUAGCAGCGGCGCCGCGUCCCUCGGCAACGGGGCCGCCAAGGGCAAGGCGCCGUCGCCGAGGACGCCCGUCGACGGCCUGGCCAAUCACGUACUCUCGGGGGGCGGCAAGGGGGCAGAGGGCGGCGAGAAGCCGAGCCUUAGCGCAGACAAUCCUAGACUAUCUGCCCUGCUGGCAGGGGGGAAGGACCCCGCGGAGGGCGAGGCGGCGGCGCAAGGCGCGGCGGCGCUCGCCACGACGGAGUCCAACAAGAAAGUCAACAACAUCCACCCGGCCGUCUUGCCCUCCACCCCCCACGCACAGGGCAGCUCGGCUGCCUCCUCGCCCAUCUCUGCCAUUUCCACCGCCACGUCCUCGCCCAAGUCCUCGGAGCACACGCAGACCGGCGCCCACAGCCCCGCCACCACGUCCGCGGCGCCGGCCGUGAACGGCGACGGCAAGGGGGGCAUCUCAGAGGACUCGCAAAGCCCGCUGAAGGCCGAGCCGCCCACCGGCACCAGUCUCAAAGCUACGCCUCCACACGGGCACGGUUCCUCGUCCUCGUCGGCGUCGUCCUCGUCAUCCUCGGUGUCCAUCUACCCCAGCUCCAUGGACGUGCUGAAGGCCUGCAGAAACCUGGGCAGGAACGGCCUCUCCAACAGCAGCAUCCUCCUCGACAAGUGCCCCCCGCCCCGGCUGCCCCCUCCACCCUCACCAGCCCUGUCCAAAGACAAGCUCAACCCCCCCACGCCCAGCAUCUAUCUGGAGAACAAGAGGGACGCUUUCUUCCCCCCACUGCACCAGUUCUGCACAAACCCCUCCAACCCCGUCACUGUCAUCAGAGGACUGGCGGGAGCACUCAAACUGGACUUGGGCCUGUUCUCCACGAAGACGCUGGUGGAGGCGAACCCGGAGCACCUGGUGGAGGUCUGGACGCAGCUCUCGCAGCCCGCCGACGAGAACUGGGACACCGCCGGCACCAAGAAAAUGUGGCGCUGCGAAAGCGCCCGCGCCCACACCACCAUCGCCAAAUACGCCCAGUAUCAGGCCGCCUCCUUCCAGGAGUCCCUACGGGAGGAGAACGAGAAGAAGGCGCUAAAGGAGCCCUCGGACACCGAGCCAGCAUCAGCAGAGAGUGUCGCACGCAAAAGAAGGGGACCCCUGAAGCACAUCAAGUUCGGAACCAACAUCGACGUGUCGGACGAGAAAAAGUGGAAACAGCAGCUCCAGGAGCUCAGCAAACUGCCGGCCUUCGCUCGCGUCGUCUCAGCCGGCAACCUGCUGAGCCACGUGGGCCACACCAUCCUGGGCAUGAACACCGUGCAGCUCUACAUGAAGGUCCCCGGGAGCCGGAUAGCGGGUCACCAGGAGCACAAUGACUUCUGUGCCGUCAACAUCAACAUCGGACCCGGAGACUGCGAGUGGUUCGCGGUGCCGGAGCACUACUGGGGGGUGAUGAGCAACUUCUGUGAAAAAAACAACAUCAACUUCCUGAUGGGCUCGUGGUGGCCCAACCUGGAGGACCUGUACGAGGCCGACGUGCCCGUGUACCGGUUCAUCCAGCGCCCGGGCGACCUGGUGUGGCUCAACACCGGCACCGUCCACUGGGUGCAGGCCAUCGGCUGGUGCAACAACAUCGCCUGGAACGUCGGCCCCCUCACCGCCCACCAGUACAAGCUGGCUGUGGAGCGCUACGAGUGGAACAAGCUCCAGAGUGUCAAGUCCAUGGUUCCCAUGGUGCACCUCUCCUGGAACAUGGCGCGCAACAUCAAAGUGUCCGACCACAAGCUGUUCGAGAUGAUCAAGUACUGCCUGCUGCGGACGCUGAAGCAGUGCCAGUGGGUGAAGGAGGCCCUGGCGACAGCCGGCAAGGAAACGGUGCUGAGGCCGAGGACCCGGGACGAGCCGGCCCACUACUGCACCAUCUGCGAGGUGGAGGUGUUCAACCUGCUGUUUGUGCGCCGCGAGCUCCUGACCAAGAAGCAGCACGUGGUCCACUGCCAGGACUGCGCCAGGAAAGGCAGCGCCACGCUGGACAACUUUGUGGCGCUGGAGCAGCACAGGAUGGAGGACCUGAUGCAGGUCUACGACCAGUUCACAUUAAUACAACAAACACGGAGACAGGGGUGUUAUAUAAGAAAAAAGGCCCCUCCCCUUCACUCAUCUUCAUCUUGACAUUAGGUGACCCCCCUCCCUCCCCUGCCCCCUCUCUUUCCUCUUCGUCUUUGCUGUGGAGCCGUGGAGCCCAUUCACAGGAACUCGUAUUAAGAAUAGAAAUUAAACGGAACGAGCGAACAUCUACAUAAGCGGACCAUUUCUGAUAUUCAGGAAAGCCAAGGCCGUCUCCACACUCCUCACCCUCCAUCCCCCCCCCCCCCUCCCAUUAUGGCUGGUCUCCAUAGCGACGGCCGGAGGCUGAGGCGGCCCGAGUGCGUCUGUCUAUGCAACCUGUUUUUGAAGUGCUGGGGCCCGGCCCGUCCAAAGGGGGGCGCCACCGAGCUCGCUGACGGGACUCGUUUCUCCCUUCCCCUCCCAGCCCCUCUAGUGACAAUGGUUCAGCCCUGUUUUAUUGGAGGACUUAAUCAAAAAACGGUUGGGAACCAAGGGAGGAGUGGGACUCUUAAUGCGUGAUUUAAAAAUGUUUUGUAGAUACUUGUUAACUGUCACGACUGGCCACACCACCCGUAAGAGACGACUGACUUGACAAGCUUUCUCCCUCUCCUUUAAGUUUUCUAUUCUGGUAACGGGAUGAAAUGUCGGGCUUUGAUUUUAUAGAAUUUCCCCAAAAAUGAUGUUCAGUUUUCCCUUCUAAGGAGCACUAAAGCCUAACUGGUCUUUUUCUAUGGUAGUCAUUUUAAGACUCUUUGGACAGCAAAAUCUCCCAAAAAAUUUGUAAUGUGAAGAGUUAUGGUGAUAUCCUUUCUUUCUUUUUUACAGCUUUUAUGUUUUACAUUUUGUCUUGUUCUUUUCAAAACUAUGACGUUUUGUUUGUUUCUAGGUAAAACGAAAAAGUAGAGGAAAAAAAACCGUACUAGCCAAGUCACAAAGAGAAUGGGUUGCACAUAGACUUAUGGAAUAAAGUUUAAUUUGUGAUUUUGUUAUGUUUCUAAUCUUGAUGUAAAUUUACACUAUUUAUAAAUACAUAUUUAUUGCUUGAAAAUAUUUGUUGAUGGAAUGCUGUUAUUUUUUUCCAGAGUACCUGCCAUUUAAAUUGAAGGAGUUUUGUCAUUUUAACACGACUCCUCUUACAUUUUCUAUAUAUAAAUAAAAAUUGCUUAGCAAGCAUUGUACAGAAACGGACAUUUAAAAUUGUUUUAUUGUUUGAAGAAUGUUUUAUGAGUCAAUAAACACAACGUUGUCAAAUUA